AUGACCGGGAGGGCCUAUACGGCCUCCGGAUCACAUCGGUAUAGAUAUCUAUCUAUCUAUCUAUCUAUCUAUCUGUCUGUCUAUCUAGCUAUCUGUCUAUCUAUCUAUCUAUCUAUCUGUAUGAUAUGUAGAUCGGAGAUUCGGCAGGGCAGAAUUCGUCGAAGGGGGAGAAGGGAACGGAUGGACGGCUACAGGCAUAGGAAUAAAGGCUUCCACCGCCUAGCUCAAAACUACAUACAGCAACACAGCUUUAACAGAACGUUUAAGAGCUUUAUAAAAACGACGGGCAUGAAUAGCGUUAAAGGGACGUUCACUAAAUAUCAGGGGCAGACGAAACCGACGGGCAGCAUAGAAUCGAUCGGCCACUUCGUAUGGGCACAGCCGGAGUCGGGUGACGUACUUCCUGACGACGAUAAGGAACGCAACUUCAUACAGAGUGACAAAACAGGGGUUCAGGAUAGACAACAUUAUAGCGGGAGAGUAGAUGAUCAGGGACAACGAGGAGGUGUUCGUUCCGAAUCCGCUGCCGUACUUCGAGCUCUACAGAUUCAAGCCGGUUACCCGACAGCUUGGGACGGUGGACUCGACGUAGCGACGGGGCCUAAAUUUGGAACACUAGACGAUGAGUCAAAUUGGAUGCACGAGAAGAAUAGAAAGAGAAUGAGAGCAGACAAUCAGGACAUAGCUAUGCUCGAGCACAGACAAAAACUUAUUCAAAUGCGUAUCGGGUUCCUUCUGCGUACCAAACAGGACAGCAAUAAACAAGAUACAGUACACGUUAAAGGACAGUCCAGAGAUGGUGCUGAUACACGUACCACGACCCAACAGCCAAUCGGGGACUCUCUACUUUACUUUCGAGUUGACCUACAUGUUGGAGGUGGAUGGUUUCACGAAAGCCUGCAGCAUCCACAGAAAGUGCCUGUAACAAACAAGGUCUGUUCAGAGGCGGCGGUGGGUCCAGACAUUACAUUACGACCAACCGCUGACCGUCCCGACCAACAGGCAACUUUACGGCCAGAUACCGAAGGGAUUGGUCCACGGAAGGACCAAUGA